GAUUUAUCAACUUACAGUUUCAAAAUGAAAAGUAGAUAAUGUUUAUAUGCAGGUUUCUUCAUUGUUAUAGCAUUGGUUAAUUGUCAAAUUGUCGAAAAUAUUUUUAAAUCUCACUAUGUUUUAUUGAUUCUUGGAUAUGGCAGCCUUGGAAGUUCAUUUAAUCAAAGCUGUUCAGGAUAGUGACAUAAAUGAAGUUAUAUCUCUGAUUGAAAAAGGUGCUAAUAUUAAUGUCUUUACUUCUGGAAGAACACCUUUAGCAAUUGCUGCUCAUCAGGGCAAUGUACCAAUGCUAGAAUUGCUUCUUAAUUGUGGCCAUUUUAAACAAAAAGUAGAAAAAACUCCAAAGAAGAAAUCUAAUAAAAACGAUAGUUCGAGGUCUACCAGUGAACGAACAGCUGUAAAAAAGAGGAAAGCCAUUGAGGGAAAUAAUGGCUAUUAUGAAGUUAUAUAUGAUGAUAAAUCAGAAGAUAGUGAGUCUGAUGUAAAUAGAAAUGUCUCACUUGAUGAAGCUGAAACUCCUGAAGGAAUGGAUAACCUCGAAUGGGAUAUGGAACUUGAAGAAGAUGAAACUCCAGAUUAUGAAGAUGCUUGGUCUGACCAAUAUAGGUGGUAUGCUAAAAUUUUAGCAAAGUCAUGUUACGUGCCUUCAGAUCUCCCAUAUUCUUGUGAUGUUAAUCUACAAGAUUCGGUUGGACGCUGUGCCAUACAUUAUGCUGCAGAGUAUGGGCAUGUUAAUGCAGUAAAAGUACUUAUCAAUGCUGGAUGCAAAGCAGAUAUGGGAGACGUAGAUAGCUUGACUCCACUUCAUUUAGCUGCCAAUGGUGGGCAUUUAGGGGUCGUUGAAACCCUUCUUUCAUCUGGCUGUCAUGUAAAUGCUAAGACAACAGAUAAAUUGUCUCCAUUGCACUAUGCAGCUGCAAGAGGGUAUACUGAAGUAGCUAGCUCUUUGUUAAAUGCAGGGGCUAAUGUUGAUUCUCUAGAUGAAGGAGAUAGAACACCUUUGAUAUUAGCUGUUUCUCGCAAUAUUUAUGAUGUGGCAAAAAUUCUAGUCAAUCGUGGUGCUCGGGUUAACAUCGAAGAUGUUAAAGGAUAUACGGCCAUGUGCGAAGCAGUGUGGCAUAAAUCAGUUCCUUUAGUAAAAUUAUUAUUAGAUGCUGGUGCAAAAGUAGUUCCUACUCAUUUUCUUGUUCACUAUGCUGUGCUCCAUCGCCAACCGGAAAUGGUUUCUGCACUUUUAGAGGCUGGUGCUUUAGUAAAUAUAAGAGAUGCUUGUGGUGACACACCUCUUAUUACGGCGGCAACAUCUUCCCAAGCUGACAUGGUCGAUCUUCUUUUAUCUUAUGGUGCUGUCGUUGAUCAAGUCGGAGGUAGUUCUGAGAAAACACCUCUGUAUUGUGCUGUAGCCAUGGCUGAUAGACCUUGCCUUAAAAUUAUUAGGACUCUUGUCGAAGCCGGUGCUGACAUUGAAAGAUUAACUUGGGGUCAAACUCCGUUGAUUGCUUCAUUACUCUCAGGAAAGAAGAAAGCAGCUGUCACAUUAAUUGCACUUGGUGCUAAAGUCACACAACCUGUUAUGGCCCUCGUCAAGAGUAUGUCAUCGAUUUCUGUUGCACGUGCCUUUGUUUAUUCUGGUUAUAACAUAACCAACUUGGAGCCAUCGGUUUUGCCUCCUUCAAAAUGGCCUGUGGAUACUAGCAAAAUAGAUGGCUGGUUACAACAUACCAAAUACAAUCCACUAGGUCUUGCUGAAAUGUGCCGCAUUGUUGUAAGAAAACAGGCCGUUGGUGUUUUAUCUUUGUGGCUCUCAUCCCUCCAGCUACCUCCUGUUAUAACAAGAUAUUUGACUAUGGAAGAUUUAAUGGAUGGAGAUAUUGAGAAAGAACCAACAACUGGACCAAAGUAUUCUAAUUUCUUCUUUGAACCUAAUUGGGAUUUUAACAGUUUCAAUACAGAAGAAAAUCAAAGGUUGGUGACUGUUUUCAAUUUUAUCACACAGGAUGUAUCAAGUAAAAAAAAAACAGAAGAGUGAAAUAGAACAUUUUAAGGAUAAAAUACAAGCAAUUAUCAAUUGAUUAAAGAACAAACCAAUUUAACUUAAAAAAGAAAAAUUUUAAUCAACAAAGGGAUACAAAAAAAAAAAAAAAGAUAAAACAGACAAUAUUUAUUUAUAUACAAAGCAAAUGAAGUUUAUAAAUGCUGCACAUAUAUGUUAACAGAUUUGGAACUAAAAAUAGACCUAUGGGGAAAAUUCUUGUUACUAAUUGAAUUAAUCUUAAGUCUAAAUACAAUAUAUCUCUUAACAAUACUAUUUUUAAUAUUGUGACAAUCGUUCUGCACGUAUGUGUUCUGCAUCAACAGAACUCAUUUUUUCUAACAAAAGUGAUUUUAAAUCACCUUUAACAAAAUUUAUUUGGUUCCAAUAGGUUUGGAAAAUGCCUUCUAAUUUUAAAAUCAA